UCGGUUUGGCUGGCUGGCUACGGAAGACAACUGCACACUACCAGUACCGAGUGAUUACGUUAUAUUAACCUCCAACUGUAAUACACCGAACAGUCUUUCUUAAUAUUUGACAGUCCGUCGGUACUUACUACACUUGCUCUCUCCUGGUUUAGAGAGACUUUAAGUCGCGGCUCUCACAUUUUUGGCAGAAUAAAUAUCGGAUAAAUUUAAAGCGAAAUAACGGACACUGUUUGGGUGAAAUGUAUGGUUAGUAUUACUGUCUUUUGAGGAGGGGGUCCUAUACAGCUGUAGUUUCUCCUCAAGAGGCGAGGAAUGCUAUCUGAGCAUCAAUGUUUCACUGGGGCAAGUGGAAGAAGAGGAUGGGAGCCAAUAGUUCUUCAAAGAGACCAGUUUUCGACGAAAAGGAAGAUGUGAACUUUGACCACUUCCAGAUAUUGCGGGCCAUUGGGAAAGGAAGCUUUGGAAAGGUUUGCAUUGUUCAAAAGAGGGACACCGAGAAGAUGUACGCCAUGAAGUACAUGAACAAACAGCAGUGCGUGGAGAGAGAUGAGGUCCGAAACGUCUUUAGAGAGCUUGAGAUUCUACAGGAAAUUGAACAUGUUUUUUUAGUAAAUCUCUGGUACUCAUUCCAGGAUGAGGAAGACAUGUUCAUGGUGGUGGACCUCCUGCUGGGAGGAGAUCUGCGCUACCACCUGCAGCAGAACGUCCAGUUCAGCGAGGACGCUGUCAAACUCUACCUCUGUGAGAUGACACUGGCGCUCGACUACCUGCAGAGCCAGCACAUCAUCCACAGAGAUGUCAAGCCAGACAAUAUCCUGUUGGAUGAGCAAGGUCACGCUCACCUGACGGACUUCAACAUAGCAACGAUAAUAAAGGACGGAGAGAGAGCCACAGCCUUAGCUGGAACCAAGCCCUACAUGGCCCCAGAGAUCUUCCAGUCUUUUGUAAGUGGGGGGACGGGCUAUGCCUCUGAAGUAGACUGGUGGUCACUAGGGGUGACAAUCUUCGAAGUGCUGCGUGGAUGGAGGCCCUAUGACAUCCAUGCAAGUAACUCUGUGGAGUCCCUGAUGCAGCUCUUCAGUACAGUCAGUGUCCAGUACAGCCCGGCCUGGCCCAAGGACCUGGUUUCCCUUUUGAGGAAGCUACUGACAGUGAACCCAGAGCAUCGUUUCUCCAGCCUGUCUGACAUGCAGGCAUCUCCCUACCUCGCUGAUGUCAACUGGGACGCCGUGUUCGAAAAGAAGACGGAGGCCGGAUUUGUUCCUAAUAAAGGUCGCCUCCACUGCGACCCCACCUUUGAGCUGGAGGAGAUGAUCCUGGAGUCGCGUCCCCUUCACAAGAAGAAGAAGAGGCUGGCCAAGAACCGGUCUCGAGACAACAGCAAGGAUUCACAGUCUGAGAAUGACUACCUACAGGAGUGCCUUGAAGUGGUGCAGCAGGAGUUCAUGAUCUUCAACCGAGAGAAGUUGAAAAGGCGUCAGGAGGAGGGUCCGUCAGAGGCCGGGGGCGAUGAUGCCAGUGGAGAUGGGGACGGGGAGGCCGAAGCCGGCGCCACCGACGAUGACGCACCCGAGCCAGAACCCGAGCCGGAGCCGGAGCCCGAGCCGGAGCCCGAGUCCUCCUCCAAACUGAGCAUGUGCGGCUCGGUGUGCUCCUCCCCCGGCAGCUGCUAGCGCCACAUCGCCUUACAGUGACGAUCGCAGGUCUCUCUGGCCACUGCAGCGUUUGUGCCAUGCCAAUAGAUACAUUCUCACCUCUCUCCUCUGUUGUAGCCAGGAGCGGAGGGAGUGCCCAGCAGGGCGACUGACACACAGCAGGACCCAAAAUGGCUCCCACCAUUUUCCCUCCUUUUUUUCCCCUGUAGCAUCCUUUAGGUAGGUCAUGAAUGAAGCAGAUUUCCAGAGAGUCCCCGUCUACUGUACCCAUCCGCCCUAGAGUAAGCUCUAACUUCUAUGCAAUGUUACAGUAUAGCAUGACAAAUAAGGUAUCACUUACUAGGAGGUGUUGUUCACAAGCAGAAAGCUCCACGAGCACGAUGACAUCUCGAGUAAUAGCAGUCCACGUUUUUUGUGGGGUUGGCGGAUUUUGGUGGAGACACCUCCCCUCUCAGCCUUCCUCUUCAAAAUCUGAUAGAGGACGACUGAAUUAUUCAGCACACGCAGCCAGGCACUCAGUUUAUGUUAUUGCCUGAGUCUUCAGUACACCACCCCCCCCUCCUCCCCGCCUCUUUCAUGUAAUGUGUGCCCUAAUUCAGAACAAUUGUUUCUCCUGGAGCAACUUCCUCCUGUUGCAACACCUCUCUGAGACACAUUUACAGUAAGUGGCUGUUUUCAGACAGGCCAAGAAAGUGCGGCUGGUUUCAUGUUGUAAACCCGUUUAAAGUGGUGCCUGUUGAUGAUAAUCAGUAUCCGUUAAUCACGUCGUAGCCAUGGAUGCAUUAUAGAUCAGAAUGUUAGAUACAUUUUCCUCUCUAGAUGUUAGAUAACUAUUCUUUGUCCAAGCAUUUUGUUUUUAGGAUGAUAAGGUACUAUAAUUUAUAGCAAGUCAGUACAGCAAUCAGAAAGAAAGUUUUGCUUGUCACUGUGUCUGUAAUGGUUAUCAACACGUAGUAUUUUAGCCCUGCACCAUUCUCUGACUCAGUCAGAAACUGUGCUCUGGGGAAUAUUGUAAACGCCAAUCACCAACAGUCCCAUCUUUUAAGGAUCUAUAACAAAGCUCUGUUUACUUAACUAAACAUCAUCAUAUCUUUAAGUGCUUGGUUACAAAGAUAAUCUCCCCAGUAGAGCUUGUUUUCAUGGCUGUACUUAAAUGUGUAGCUGUGCCCUGUUGGUACAUCAAAUUGUAUAGAUGAGCUAGCCUAUUAUGUCAUAGUGAUAGCGGUACAUCUAAGGUGGCACCAUUAAUCUCAGUCUGAACACCUGGGAACACGUAGCAAAGGUUCACCUUUAAAACCCUAAGGCCUAAUAAAACGAAAACCAUGUAAAUAGCAUACAUUGUAGGUAAUUCAACUCACCACAGUUUUAUGUGGGACUGCAAACUCGACAUAUAACUAAAGGAAGAGCUGUGUGAAGCUUCGUUCAGCUCUUCUUUCCAAGUGUGCAGGCACAACUUGUAGGCAAAAUAUGCCAAAGCUUUUCUACCAUUUGCAUAACCAUUUCUAAGGAACUUCGAAUGAGUGAGUGUGUGUCUCUUUUUCCCAACUAUAACAUAAUGUCAAUGUUCCUUCUGCAAGUGAAAUUACUAUCAUUUAUACAAUCAUAUGGUGUAUAAAGUAUCUAUUUCAGGCUUAAAGUUAUAGUUAGACAUUUUGGGAUUUAUGCUUAUUGGCUGCUUUUGCAAAAAAUAUACGAUAAGAUCCCGCUCUCAUGUCUUUGGGUUUAGAGGCGAUUAGGGAAAAGCAGCUAGCUUGACUCUGAAUCCACUUACUAGGAGCCUCUCAAGCUCACUAAUUAACAUGUUGUAACAGUAAUGUAAAAAUUGUUACUUAGAUAAUUUGCUCUAAAACCACAAAUUAUAGUUUAUUUAAUUUCUGUAGAGAGUUAAAAUGAGAUACACUAUCUUUUUUCCUGAGCUUUCUAGGUGUAGUGAGGUGUAGGUGAUACUGAACUUUGAAGUGAGCCAUGCCAGCUGUUUCAGGAGACUCUCGAGGGAAUGCAAAGCGCUGGUCACAUUAAAGACGGAGCCAGUCAAAGGCAUCUGUGUGAUACAUUUACAUAGAGUUCUUACUAGCUUGGCUACACGUACUGUUUUGAAAAACGCAGUUAGGAAUACCUUCAGUGGGGCCUGCAGAAGUGAAUGAACUUUCUGAUUUCUAUAUUUCUGUGUCUUUAAUAAUGAGGGGUGCCCUGUAAAAGACCAAUCUUAAUUUAGAUGCCAACUUACCUAAUUUUAGUUUCAUCAUUCAGUGUAACCAUUUUACAUUUCUAUGAAAACUAAUAAAACUAGAAGGGUACUCAUGCAGACCUUUUAACAAAAGUCAAAAAUAAUUUGUUUAUGUUCAUGAAAAUAGGGUAGUAGUUUCUCCACUCUGCUGAUCAACAGACAAACUAACCAAACGGAAAACAUAACCUCCUUUGAGGAGGUAUUUCUAUUAACAUGGCAAACUGUGCUCUACAUUGUAAUCGCACAUUGUAGCAUUGUAAUAAUAUUUUUUAAUUUAAGAGCGGACUUGUCUCUCAACGUUCAGUUGACAGACUGGUACGUUAGUUUGGUACAGGGGAGAUGUGGUGAGGCACUUAGCCUCUAACUAUAUUAACUAUAUUCCAAAGUCUCAGUAACAUGUUGUGUGUUCUUAGCUGGCUUGCUAAUGUUAGCCACUAGUACAUCCAAAUUCAGGAGUCACCAGUCCUGCGGUCACCAGGGCUAACAUUAAGCUAGCUGUUAUUGAUCAGUUUGGAGUAAUUGGAAGACACCUUUAACAAAGCUUGGUUGAUUAAGUUAAUAACUUUGUUGAGUAAUUAGUAAAGUAAUGUAACUACUAUUUCAAUGAGUAAGUAACUUGUCCAACCCUGGUAAUAAUAAUUCCUACGGCCAAUGGAACAAAAGAUAAGCUUGCUAGCAUCAAUGCUAGCUUGGCUUCCUCUGUCGGCCAUGUGACCCUCGUCUUGCAGCAGUCGCUCUGCCAGUUUUUAUGCUAAGCUAGGCUAAUCACCUCCUAGUCACAGUUUCAUACUUAACGCAGAGACAGGAGAAUGGUAUCCAUCUUCUCAUCUCUGGGACUGCCAAUUGUUCAGACGGCCCUUUAUAUCGAAACCCCAAUAGUCCAGAACAUUUCCCAUUGGACCAAAAGCAUUACUCCAAAAAAACACCCUCUCCAUACAACAAAGAGAAGCACAACGCUAAUUAUUAUGCAGAAUGACAUCAUCGGACCUGUUCUGGUGGCCUGUUGGUUGGUUGGUUAGGUUUAGGGUAAGAAUAUCAUGGUUAGCCAACUAGAGGAAGAUUAGGGUGGGUAAUGACUUCAACAUGGUAGGGGAAUUUUCUUUUGUCAUUCUGCAUAAUAAUUAGCCAUGUGCUCUGUUGGUUGCUGUAAGAGUUUGUAUUUUCGGAGCUAUGGGGAUAACGGGCUGUCGGAUAAAUGUGUUUUCUGUCUAAUGGUACAUUUUUUGGACUAUGGGGGUUUCGGAAUAAUGGCACCCUCAUCUCACUCUCAGAAAGAAAUCAAAUAAGCGUACUUCCCAAAAUGUUGAAGUAUUUAUUUAAACACUAUAUAUUAUGAUUAGAUUAAGAAGCUUCUUUAAAGGGAUAUACAGUGGCAUCUUCCAAGUCUGCCAAAAUAUAUGAUGAAUUUAAUAGUCUUCAGCCCUGCGCUUAUUUUGCAUGUACCUCUACAGUAUAAGCCUGUUUUUGCCAAACGCCUGGAGCUUGAGCCUUACUGGCUGAUUUGUGCAUGCACAAGCUUUUGGUAACAGCUCACCUGAUUAUAGGCACAGCCCGCAUCAGAGUAUACCUGGCCUGUGUGACUGUUUCUGGACAGUGAGUUUUGUGAAAUUUAAACUGUAAAAAAUGGUAUAAUCCCAGUGUUAUAUGGACGGCAUGAUAAUUUUAGAUGAUAUGCAGUACCGUUUGGCAUCCUGUAGGUUGUCUUAAUACUUUGUUCAAGUAUCCAGGCUCGUACCCUUGCUGGAUGAGUGGAAUGAGGUCAGCAGUCGUGUGUGAUGCUCCGUUGUGGAUUAAGUGUUGCGUUAUUGACUGCAGCAAAGGAAGAAUAUUUGGAACUGGGGCAGGUUUUCACUUCACCCCAACACAGAAUUAGCUGCAUUAUUAAAACACUGAAUGUCUCCAUUUGUGGAAAAGAAAGCUCAGUUAUUUCUAAGACUCACCAUUAAAAUCAACAUAGACCUGAAGUGGAUGUGUAAUUAUAUGUUAAUCAUUUGUAAAUGGAUAAUAACUGAGUUUGACAGUUCAUUUAAGUGUAGCUUUUUUCUAAGUUACAAUACUUAUCUACAAUUGUUCCUUGAUAUCGGUGAUCAUUCCUGAUUGGACCGUGCUUGCAAAUCCUUCCGACAUGUUUCUUUAUGUGUUAAUGUUCUGGAUGCCGUUAGGUGUUUAAAAAAAAGGUAUUGUGCUAGUGUUUGACCAGCAACAGCAUGUCUCCUAUUCAGCCGUUUUCCGAUGGAUGCCCUCGAGGUGUACCAUACUGUAGAUGUCUUAACUCUGUGGAUACAGUUUGAAACUCAGUGCCCUGUUGAGAAAACCAAUCGAGAGGAAGAAAAUGUGAUUCAUGCCACUCUUUUCCUCCUUGAUCCUAUUUUGCAUAAUGUUUUUGUGCCGCAGGAGUUUUCGGGGGAAUCGGAGAGAAAGCCUUGUUACUGUACCAACUGAACUGCUCCAUGUGUUUAAAAAAUGCUGCUUUAACUGCUUUGAUAAAGAAAUAAAUCUCCUUCCUGUAA